UUCAAUAUUAAUAUUUUUYACUUCCUUGAGGACGUGUGGGGGUUUCCCUUGAAGUUUCAAAAAGUUUGCCAGUGCAUGCGAAAUACUAAACUGUCCCUGAAAAAAUGUUUGCUUCCYAAUUGUAUCUAAAUGGUGAUUGAAAUAUUAUAAUCAAAAUAAAGGAUCAAUUACAUUGAGGUAUUUUUUUCCGGAGUGAAAUGCUGACAAAGUAUUUUUCCACUGCUAUUGAUGGAUAUGAUGAGUGGGGAAUAUUUGACUAGAAUUGGAUAACACGUGUGCUAUCAUAUUUUCAUUUAUCUCUACAUUUUCAACCAUCUUUUUUUUUAUCUUGGCAAGCUAAUUUAAUUUUAGUAUAGUGACCACACAAAGCACAAAUGUACAGAUGUUUGCGAAAAUACAACAAAUACAAUGUUUUCACGAGCCAAAGUGGAAACAAACGUAGUUGACGUAGCCAUUAACGCGUUGUUUUGUCUUGUGAAUGUUUAUGUCCAGAUGUUGACAGGUUGAAGCGUUGAAAGAUUGCAACGAUUAUAAGAAAUCUUGCAUUAUUCCCCCUCAUUCUUAAAAUACACGGAUGACAUAGUUCUCAUAUUUUCCGGGUUGCUAUAUAAGCCUGUCUGAAGAGCCUAGCCAGUCAUAACCGCACUGUCACAGAGAGUGAAACACUCCACAACUACGCAAACCAGAAAAUUCUCGAGUAUUUUAUUGAAGAAUUCAUUGAAAGCAGUCGCGUUACAAAGCAAUAAGGAACACUUGCGCAAGACAACACCACUACUAAGGAGAUUAGAGAAGACGGCAUUAUUUUCUUUCGUAAUUUACAGACAAGAUAGGGAACACAAGGAAUCAAUUUAAGGGCAUCUUGUCCGAUUUGUCCAAGAUGAAAUCCAAGCUGAGAAGGUUAACUUUGAGAGACAGACUACCCAGACAUGCAUCAUGGGAAGUACUUUCGCUUCCUCGCUCAGUCUUUAAAGUUGUUGUACUAGGUGCAGGAGGAGUUGGCAAAACAUCGUUGAUUCAGAGAUUUGUAAUGGACGAUUUUCCUCGGUAUUAUACGCCUACAGUUGAAGACAUUUACGAGAAAACUGUUUCCAUUAAUAAAGACUUUGGAGCGUUUUUCGAGAUUCUCGAUACCGCUGGGUCUUACCAGUUUCCCGCCAUGAGGAGAUUGACAAUCGGACGUGGAGACGCGUUUAUCUUAGUUUAUUCAUUAUCAGACGAUAAUAGUAUCGAAGAAGUGUUGCGUCUCCGUCAGGAAAUUAUUGACAUAAAAGGAACAAGUGAAGUUCCAGUGGUUAUAGUAGGCAACAAGACGGACUUAGUCACGAAAGACAAGAGAGAAAAAGUGCGACGAAAACUCUCGUGUCUUGUUGGAGGAGAGAACUUGAUACGAUCAGAAACAUCUGCUAAAUUUGCUAUCAAUGUAAAUGGCGUGUUUCAAGCUUUACUUGGACAAAUAGCUGUUGUUAGUAAUGAACGUAUUAGAAGAAUUUCAAGCUCAAUGACAAUUUGAACAUUAAUUAUUGUGAACGGUGUGCGCGCGGCGCGUCGAAAGGUCAUAAGGUUUUCGUGGGUAAACAUGCCACAUACGUAGUAGUGAGGGCAUUAAAUUUGCGAAAAUAUGCCUUAUACAGAAGCAGUUAGAUCGAGAAUGUGAAUCUAGAAAACACAAUUAUCUAACUUGACAUUUGUGUGCCACAAGUGCUAAGAUUCCUGAGAUGAGAUAAUGAAUAUUAACUGAGCCUAAAAUAAAGUUCUUGGAUACCAAAAUAGUUUUUUUUUCCAUUAUGUCAAAUGCGGCUAGAUCAGGAAUGUAAAGACAAGUGUGUUUCUCGAACCUCAGUCUACAUUCUUCGGUAGGAUAGUCAAGGUGAACUGAGUGCUGACACAGACAAAAAUAAAAUCAAUAUAUUCAUUUCACGGAUUUCUUGCCCUCACGUUAAAUAUUCAAUGCACAAUAUUUGUAAAAAUGCGAGUUUCUGUCAAAAAUAUUCUAUUUAAAAAUGUUUUGUAUAUUGAAUAAUAAAAAACUAUGAAUUGAA